AUGUGUUGGAUAAGACGUGAAAUUAAGGAUUGUGUGGGCUCGCUCAAUAAGCGUAACGAUGUGGUUUUUCUCGGGAAGAAAACAUUUCCAACUGUGAAUUUGGUCUACUUUGGGGGAGAUAUACAGGAUUACGAGAGUAACAUGCGUCAAAAUAAGUUCACCAAUCAAUAUAUCAAAUGGAGUUUAGAAAAUACUGCUCAAAAUUUAUACGAACGAUUCACCAAUCAAUUCAGUCAAAGUAAUCCUCAUGUAUGGAUUAUUCGAGCUUCACAGUGGAUAGCCAACUCAUUAGCGUGUUAUGUUAAUUUUCUGUCUUUUACAAAAUCUGGUAUCCCGUUGUUUGAAAAUAAUGAAAUAUAUGAAUAUACAGCGGUAAGACAUUUAAACUGUUUGCUAUCGAAUGCGGUUAAACAUCUGUCUAAUUGUGAAUCUGAUGUGCAGUGUCAAGUGUUAAAUAUUCCUUUAAGAUUGAUUGGUUUCAGUAAAGGAUGUUGUGUCUUGACUGAAUUAAUAUAUGAAUUAUCCGUAUCAAAUGAUUCCAACGAAACAUCAAGUCAUCUUUUCUCAGAUUUUACCACUGAAACAAAUGAAAUUUGCAAAAGUCUAUCACAUAUUUACUGGUUAGAUUCUGGACAUCCAGGCAUACAUCAUCAGUGGCCAGUUUCGGUGAACUACCUGUCUUUACUGAAACCUGCAACAUGUCCCAAAAUACAUGUCCACGCAACUCCUUAUCAGAUAAUGAACCAUUCAAAACCUCAAAAAUCAGCUGAUUUUAAUAGAUUUCUAGAUAUUUUAUCCCAGUUUAAUCUACCAUUUACAAAAGUAUUACACUUCAUGGCUGAUACUUCCAGAAUUUCUGAGUCAAUUUCUACGGAAUCGGAAAAAAUCGAAGUGAACUGUUCACUGGAACGUCAUUUUGAAAUUUUGAACCAAUUUGAAUUUUGA